AUGAGUAAACGUGCACGUGAAGAAAAUGAGUUGCGUGUGGAAAAACAUGACAGUGGGUUUAUGGGCCCGCUGGCUAUGUUUGCAACAUUUCCACACAAUGCUACAUUUGAAGAAAGUCGUGAAGUUAAAAUUAACGCUUCACCCGUAAAUGCAGACGCUGAUGUUUAUACGUUUGUACAUCAUAAUCAACCCUAUGGUAUAUUGCGUACAGAAGAUGCAACGAUUCGUGCAAAAAUGAGAUUUAGAAAUGUAGCCGGACCUCAUGCCGUGCCGGCUGCUGGUCAAAUUAUUGCACCUUUACCGCUACCCCUUAGAUUGGGUUGGAAAUCAAAAGAGGUCCAUGUAAAUGGUGAUCUAAUUCAACCUAUUACAGCCUAUGAAUCUGAGUUGAAUUAUGUAAAUUAUCUUCUUACUCGGGUACCCUCGGGUUAUAAUGGUUUUGAAAAAGUAUGCCUGGGUUAUCUCGACACACCGGGUCAUAUGGAUGAUCGUACACGAAUCGAUAGUUAUACAGAAGCCACAUGUGUCAACAAAGGUGCAGGUAGACGGGGUACACUAUUUGACAAUGGUGCAGAAAAUUAUGUCAUUGAUGAUAUUGAUCUACUAGGUCAUAAUCGUCGUUACCUACCUUCUUCAAUGGAAAUAAAAGUUGUACUAACACGGUUAGAAAAAGUGAAAUAUAUCUUUGGUACGACUGCAGAUGCUCAAGCUGCUAAAAUGGAAUUGCAUGAUCUACAUGUACACAUUCCUGUGUUCAAACCCGUAGCACAGCUGGCUGAAGCUAUCAAUGAAUCUAUGAUUCAGAAAAGCGAAGAAUGUAAAUUUUACACUACCAAUUAUCGUUAUGUGGCCAAACCCAUGGCAGCAGGUGCGCAACGUGUACAAUGGAAUGAUAUGUUUAACGGCGCCCGACCUGCACGUACCAUUGUCUACGUGAAAACACAAGCUCGUUACAAUGGUGCACAUCAAUUAAACCCAAAUCUUAUGGCUUUUCCCGACAUCAAUCAGUUUGCAAUCAAAAUCAACGAAGCUAUAGUACCUCCCGAAAUUCAUAAUAGUCAAGAAGCUUAUGUAGAAUUACGACGAGUUUUAGAUCGUCGUUAUAGUGAAAUGCCUUUUAGUUACGACGAUUAUGUAUCUAGUUAUGGUAUGAUUGUGUCAGACUUGACAACCAAUAAAGAUAGCUAUAAUCAGAUGUUACCCAAUUCGACAAGUGGUAUUGUCAGUCUUGACAUGACCUUUACCCAAGCUACGGGUGCUGAUCAACAGCUAAUUUGUAUUGGUGAAUUUCGUAAUCAGCUUAAUUUGGGCUAUCAUACACGAGCUCGAAAUAAGUACGAUUAUUAA